UGGAGGAUGCAGACUGCGCAGAUGGAGACUGAGAGGGCAGUCAGCACCUCCAUGUGCUCACAGCCUCUCCACAACUCCAUCGCAUGGACGAACACAGUGACAGACAUUUCAGAAUCGUCUCUGAUUAACUUCAGAGCUGCAGCAGGUCAGCACGAACAUGCUGAUUAUCUCACCCUGCCAUCUCUGCUGCGCUGCACUCCACUCCACUCCACUCCACUCCACUCCACUCCACUCACUUGUGAAGUAAAACUGGUGGAUGCUUACUGUGCAGGAUGGAGGCUGUGGCUCUCUUCUCUUUCACAGCAUCAGAGGCAGAUGAGAUCAGCUUCCAGAAAGGAGACAUCGUCAAGGUGGUAGAAAUGGAGAGAGACUCUUUCUGGUUCACAGCUGAGAUUGAGGGGAAACGUGGAUUCAUACCUGAGAACUACAUCUCUCUGCACCCUCAUCUCUGGUUUGCAGGAGCGAUAUCAAGACUGGAGGCUGAACAACGACUGUGCUGGCAGGAUCCUGGAGUAUUUCUAGUGCGGGCGAGUGAAUCAGCUCCAGGAGAGUUCUCUCUCUCUGUUAGCUAUGGUGACAGGGUGGAGCACUUCAGGGUCCUGGAGGAUGGUGGUCAGUACUACAUCUGGGAUAAGGCAUUCUGCUCCCUCAACCGCCUAGUGGAGUUCUACAGAGCACACAGCAUCACCAUGGAGAAAGUGGUCCACCUCAGGGAUUACCCCUCCUUUCACCUGAACUCACAUCUUGGACUCAACCCCUACCCCAACCCGUAUAAUAGCAACUUGCUGGAGUCCACCGCCGCCCUAACCCGUCUCCCAGAGACUGGCAGACCUCCGCACCUUCACUCAAACCAGUUUUAGAGCAGAAGCCUCGGGUGGCCCAUGCUCUCUGCGACUACACCCCCUCCCAGACCACUCACCUUCACUUCCAGCGCGAUGAAAUCAUUGACCUGCUGGAUUGUUCCAGCUCCCUCAGCUGGAGGGGACGCUGCCGCGGCAGAGUGGGCAUCUUCCCUCCAGAGUUUGUCCAACCAGUGCUCCAUUAACUCCAUAUCAGCUAUUUAGUGUCUAUGAUGUUUAUGUCUGAUGCUUCUCAGUCAGGAUGGGUGGUGGUUCUUGCAUGAAUGAUAAAUUGGGCAGCCCCCCUUUCUGCCAUCCCCCAACUAGUGAAAAUGCAUUUCUAGGACAAGAUCAAAUACAUUACAGUACCACACUAGGUAUGUAAGAUAGUCUUCCUUUGCACAGCACGUAAAUACAAAUAGAAACUUUGUCCAAAGUGCUUGGACAGAUUUUUUUUUAUCUGGUGCUUGUGGUCUCUCUUCCUACGGCUGCCCUGGGCCACUGCCCUAUGGCCCAGAUCAAAAAGCGCCACUGGUCAGGAAAUACCCCACUGUCAACUGUUACCCCUACAUUAACUUGACUCCAUUUCUUUGGAGCAGCAGGAUGAAGCUUUUAUAUAUACAAUAACGAUAUUUUCACAUAUUUAUUAAAUAUUUAAAACACUGCUUCCAUGGUAUGACACAGAUGAUCUGUGAAAAAA